CUUAUCAAUUACCAACGCAGCAGCAGGAAUCCAUCGAUGGCUCGAUGUCGACAUAUUCGAGUUCGCAAUUGACAGACGAACCGUCGCCGUAUAUAGACGAAUCUAAUCAGGCUUUGCAUGAACAACUAGUUACAGGUUCUAGUCAGCAACAAAACGACACUCGGUCUACUCGGCAAAAACUGCUUAUGCAUCGGCAACAACGGCGGGAAUUGUCGCAGCCGUAUUCGAGGCAACGUGAAGUAGAAACACCGUCGUCGGACGAACUGAUUUCGCCGAUGCAAUCUGUACAUCAAUUGGACCGGCAAAACUCUGUUCAGGAUAUGUUUGGGGUUGUUCCGAUCGAGCGAUCGGAGAAUGUCCAAUCACAUGUCUACCCACAAACGAGUAAUCCAAGUAUGCCUGAAAUGCAAGAAAGCAUUCACCAAACUUCUCAACCCCAAAACAACUUUAACCAAUUAGACCCAGAUCGACGUUCCCAGUUAGAAACAGAUGAGCAUUCUUUGCCAUCUCAAUCUUCUGCCAACAUUCUUAUUAAAUCUGGCAUUGCAAAAGUUGCUGAUUUAGGUUUAUCAGGAGGGACUAUGUCCUCAUCAACUGGUGGAGGCACUGCUGCAUACAAAGAUCCCUUAUUAUUAUUUAAAGAUCAUCAAAAAAAUUGA